ACGGUUUGAACUCUGCACUGUUUUUAUGUCGAUGGGUUCCUAUGCUUGAACUGAAGUUUGUAAGUUUGAUGCUUCAAGACCUGCUAGACAUGAUCAUGGGAAGCGUGUUGGCCAAGUGUGCAGCCACCGACCUAACCAUUCAGUGGCUAGGAUGGGCACUUGCGUCUGCUUUCAAAACGGAGAAGUUUUACGACUUAGCAGGAUCAGGUACAUUCAUAUUGUUGGCUCAUCUGAGUCGUGUGUGGGGUGGCAAUGGGCACCUUAGACAGAACAUACAAACUGGAUGUGUCACUGCGUGGGGACUGCGGCUCGGGACUUUUCUCUUUCUAAGAAUCCUUAAAGAAGGACAAGACCGGCGGUUUAACAAUGUCAGAGACAGCCCAGGGACAUUCUUUGUGUAUUGGACCAUGCAAGCUUUGUGGGUAUAUGUCACCCUUUUGCCCACCCUAAUGCUAAACAGUGAAAGAAGAGAUGAACCCUUGGGCGCUCGUGACUACAUUGGAUGGGGAAUUUGGGGGCUGGGCUUCGCUACAGAAGCUAUUGCCGACCAGCAAAAGUGGCGUUUUAGGAAUGAUCCAGAUAACGCUGGAAAAUUUAUUCAUCAUGGACUGUGGGCAUACAGCAGACACCCAAACUACCUAGGGGAAAUCCUGCAGUGGUCUGGAUUAUUUCUGUCAGCUUCCUCCGUCAUGCGUGGACCACAGUAUCUCAGCGUGAUGUCACCUGUCUUUGUCUGGUUCUUACUGAGGCAUGUUAGCGGCAUCCCCAUCUUGGAGAAACUGGCUAUGAAGAAGUGGGGAUCAGAUCCUGCUUUUCAGGAUUACAUCAGAAACACUCCACUGCUUUGGCCCUUUCCCAAGUUUAAAGGAAACUAAAGCACUUUCAGACAUUACUUUUGACAAAUAAAACCAAUUCUGUAUAUGGCUGGAUACAGACAAAGAAAUGGACCAAUUUCCUUAAUUAUACCAGUCUUUAUACAAGUAAACUACCCCAUCUUGUAUCUUGGCACACUCUAUGCUUAUUAUCAUUUAUAUUAUUAUCAUCAAUAUUAUCAUUUAUAAGUAAACAUUGUACUGUAUCAUUGCAUCUCUGAACCCCAAAAACCACACCGACACAAAGCACUUGCAAUGGAUGACUGUAUUUUACAAAAAAAAGCACAAGUCUUACAAAGUAUCACACCACUCAAACUGAAAAGCAAUUGGAAGUGAUAAAUCAACCUCACUCGAUGUUCCACUUGGUUAAAGGUUGCCCUUUUGAAUCAAUAAAAGUCCUGACAGAUCUAUGCUGCACACAAGCAGAAUCUCACAAAACUCGUACUAAUUCUGGAGUACCAAUGCUGCGAGUAAACGAUGUGAACAUACAUGAAAACUGUCCAAUCAGUAUUGGUUUCUAAGAUCUAUGAACAGAAGCAUCUUGUAAAACAUUAACAUUCAUAAACAAUCAUGAAACUGAAAGACCGUCACAACAACCAGUAGUGUUUCUGCAUGCUGAACUACACAUUCGUCUCAAUUUUUUAAUUUACCUCCCAGAAUCAAAAAAAGUUUGACCUGGUUAAAAACACACUAAAUGUAAAAUUUGAUAAAAUCUUGAUCCCUUUAAGAGAUUGAGAUUUGUCUUGCAGUUUCAUGUAAAGCAUGUUCAUACAGUUGCGGAUUACACUAUACACAACUUUGUAGUUAGUAUAACAUUAACUCAUCAGAUUUGGGUUUCUUGAUAAAGAACUCCCAAACUGACAGAAUGAAUAGUUUUUUUAUAAAGUUUUGUGGAAACCCAAAGUCCAUCCCUUUGGUUGUGAGGAUGUUAACAGGACAUUUAAAACCGACUAAAAAACAAUGUUGCAUUAACAGAUAAAACCAGUAGCGCAAAAACAAAUCAAAUACAAAACAUGCAAGUUGGAC